AUGAUUAUGAGAAAAUAUUCAUAUGGUAAACAAUAUGAACAACUAUUACAAGCAGCUGAACUAAUAGAAGAAGAUAUUUUACAACCGAAACAAUUCCAUAUUACUCGUUUUGCUAGUUCAGAAUGUCGUGUUUCUGAAACUAUGAUGAGAGACUGGUCAACAUUGUAUGAAUUACAUGAACAAGAUAGUAUUGUUAAUGCGCUAACUGGUGGUGAUUUAAGUGCACGAACUCGACACAAUAUUAAUUCACAACAAGAAACUGAUGCUGGUAAUAAUGGUACUUUACAGAUUGAAGAAAGUAAAUCCGUAGAUUUUGUUUGUAAACUUGUAGGAUUAAUUGAUAUAUACAAUAUCAUUGUGAAAGCAUCGGUAUUUGUACAAAACGUUGAUAAAUAUCCAUGGGAAUAUGAUAAUGCAAUACGACGUUUACAAGAAUGUUUAAAUAAUUAUGCUACACUCUAA